AUGAAUAAAGUUUUGCUAUUACUUCUUCUCUGUGUCUUUGCCAUCUUCACAAGUUCCAAUUCUGCACCUGAACCCGAUCCGAUUCUUGACAUAAACGGAAAAAUCCUCCAAACACACACUACGUAUUUCGUAGUCCCAGUAAAUCACAAAUAUGGUGGGAUUUCUUUAGAAACAACUGGCAAUGAAAAAUGUCAACUUGGUGUAGUUCAAGAAAUAUACGAUGUGCACGGAGGCUCCGUGGCAUUAUUACCACUGAACCCAAAGGAAGGUGUAAUACGUGUGUCUACUGAUUUAAAUAUCGCGAUUUUCAGCACCCACGGGUGUGGUGAUCAAUCUACAGUGUGGCAACUUGAAACGUAUGAUUCAAAAACAGGAAAGUAUUUUAUUAAAGACGGCGGAGUUGAAGGAAAUCCUGGUCCUAAGACUAUAAGGAAUUGGUUCAAAAUUGACAAGUAUGGGCAUGGUUACAAGUUUGUUUAUUGCCCUUCAGUGUGCAGUAAAUGCAAAGUUAUUUGCAAAGAUGUUGGAGUUUAUAUGAAAAAUGAACAGAGACGUUUGGCACUCAGUAAUGUCCCUCUUGUGUUCAAUUUUAAAAAGGAAGAAUUCACUUCUUGA